CUCUAGCUCCCUCUAGCUCCCUCUAGCUCCCUCUGCAGCCUUCUGCAAGCUUGCAGUGCAUCACCGCCAGUGCAGCUAUCGACAGGAACACCAUCAACCUCAACCUCUACCUCAACCCAUCCCAAACCUUAACUUGCCGUCAUAACUAUCGCUGGCCGCCAUCCUGCUUUGCUGUUUGGCCGGGUUUGCACCAAAAAUACAUCAUCCAUCAUCCCAUCGUGGCUCUGCUGUGCGCACCACAUACCGCACCAUAACCAGUACUCGUAUAUACUCGGUACAAACCUCAUCGCGAUUUCACGAGAGAGCGAGUGCCUCCGUCCAGAUCGACUCUCCCUCGCCCCUCCUCCUCCUGCAUCUCCUGCAACUCCUCCCGGCUCUAGUGCCGGUCGCAUCACGCGAAAAAAAAAUCACCCAUCAGUGCAUCACCCAUCACAUCCCACGCUGUGCGGUUCCAGUGUCAGUGCCAGUGUCAGUUAGUGGUGCCUGCCAUCUACUGCCCUGUGCUGCCCAGGCCGUCUGAAGCUUGGACGGUUUGUUUGUGCUGCUUCCCCAUCGUCACAAGCGCUACUCCCGACGGCUACACCGCACGAAAAAGUUGAAGCUCAGGUUCUACAAUUGCGCCAAACACUCAUCGGACUCUACUUCUCGCACCGUCGUACCUCUAUUCAGACUGCACGGGAACUACCUAACCAUUUCCACCCAUCAUCCAAGACCGAGACCAAGACCUGGUUGCCAUCCAUCGCAAGACUUUCCAACUCCACCGCUGCCCCUCCUUCACUACAUAGCUAGCCUUGCGCGACUUUCCCCCAACCACAUACCUCACCAUCCAAACCAACUCUUUCCAGGACUUCUCUCUUGCGCAGAACCUGUAUGAUCAUGGCCGGGCUAUUCAAGCGGGUGUACGAUUGGCUGUUAAGGCUAUUUUGGUGAGUUGCUUUGGUGGCAUCGUCCAGAACCGAGUGUGGAUGAUUCUGCCAGCAGCAAAAGCAAAUAAACCAUCUUUUGGAAAAACUUGCUUGUUGCUGCGACCAACGAUGCGAUGCUGACGUGUGUGUGCGUGGCAUAGGGCGACCGAGAUGGAUAUUACCAUGAUCGGCCUGCAGAAUGCUGGGAAGACAUCGCUGUUGCGGGUACUGGCGGUAAGUCAUCUGUAAUGGCCCUCAAUAUCGUAGUCAUACUGAUCCUCUUUCUUUUUCUCAGGGUGGAGAGUUCACGCUUGAGUAGGUCCUUCUGCCCACCCUCAGCCUUCUGCCCAAAACCGUCCCCCAUAAUGAAGGGGAACACUGCUUCCCCCCACCCUUAGCCCGAUCGAUAAAGUAUUUCCGCUGACCACCUUUGUCCAUAUGUAGCUCCAUCCCGACGGUAGGGUUCAAUAUGAAGCGCGUACAGAAGGGCCAUGUGACGUUGAAAUGUUGGGAUCUCGGAGGACAACCACGCUUUCGGUCCAUGUGGGAGCGAUACUGCCGAGGUGUGAAUGCCAUAGUGUUCAUCGUUGACUCGGCCGACACCGAAGCUUUACCAGUAGCAAAAGAUGAACUUCACUUGCUCCUCGAAAAGCCUGUUCUGGAGGGCAUCCCACUGCUCGUCCUGGGCAAUAAAUCGGAUCUCGAAGAGAAGAUGUCGGUCGACGAGUUGAUCGAUGCGUUGGAUUUGAAGAGCAUUUCCCAUCGUGAAGUGAGUUGCUAUGGUAUCAGUGCGAAAGAGGAAACCAACCUUGAUGCCGUCUUGCAAUGGCUUGUUGCCCGUGCAAGCAAGUAAGAGCGUGACCUUGCGGACAAUGUUUCGAAAGCACCUCCCACCAUCUUCAUUCCCUGGUUCACCCAGACGCGGAAAGACAUCAUGAUAACGAAAGAAGUUACGAAAUGACGGAAAGAUAAAACGAAAUUUCUCUUCGGCCAGCAAAUGGCCAUAUAUAUCUCCUCAGCUCAGCGCAAAACUUCCAUUUCCCCAGUCCUUUUAUGGCUUGAUGGAUCGUGGCUGCGACUGGCGUCCGGCUCUCUUCAGUAUGAAAAGAAUUUCCUUACCUACCCAAUUGUGGGUUUCCUUUCUUGGCCAAAGUUGUUUGGAACGACGAGACGACUUUUAUGAUAGCGCAUUUUUUUUUGGAUUGAGAUCGAUGAUUGGUCGCCGGCAGCUUGGAAGCUGCUGUAUUUUUGUUCCCUUUGUUUCUCCUUCAUUACGAGGCAUUUCAGACUCUAUGGUCUGGUGGUUUGUCCAGGUCGUGAAACCAUCGGAAGGCAUCGCUUGGUGUUCAUCGGGUCUUGGAAUUUGUAUCUAGCGAACUCAAAUGGGUGGAAUUUGACCCAUGUUAUAAUGAUUAUACGUUUCCCGAAGCCAACGAAAGACGCCUUUCUCUUAGCUGUCCCAGGUGGUGGUAAGCCAAGUGGGCCGCUGGGAAUUUGCUGUCAUUUUUCGAGGGUGAUGGUGGACGCAUGCGUGAGGAGGGAGGUCAUGAAGUGGUAGGUCCUGGUGGUCAGUUGCGACAUUGACUGGAUUUAUCGCGAUGGUUUCCAGGCGAGAAUUGAUUGAUUGGGAGCAGCAGAAAACGAGGGGCAGGAGGGCAGGUUGAGCAGGUACAGCUAGAAAAGUUUAAAGGGCAGGUUCUACGAUUUAUUUUAUUGCUGAGGCUACUCCUACGCACAAACCAUUGAUGCGUUGGCAGUGGAAGCACGAUAAUCCUUGUCGCAGGCCCUUUGGCCCAAUGGGAGGGAUGACAUGAUGGUGAAGGAUUAGCGACGGGAUACCGGAGGCUUGUUGCUCGAGUCGACGGAGUCGGUUCGCUUGCUAAAGUACUGUAAUUAUUGCAGGUGGAAGCGUUGCAGGAACAAGACCUGGACACUUCAUCAG